UCUUAAUUUUACCAAAUCAACUUUAUUUUGAAAAUUGACAAGUUCCAGAAAAAAAAAAUAAAAAACAAAAACAGUGAGUUUGAAGUUUGAACAGCAUCAUCAUCCAUCCGUCGAAGGACAUGAAGACGAGGCGAUCACCUUUGAUCCUUCUCAACACUACACCUCUUCUAUUAUUAGUAUUAUUAUCAUCAUCCAUAAUCUCUUCAGCAGAAUCAACAACACCACCUGAGAAAAUAAAUACUGUGUUAGAGCUAGAUGAAUCAAAUUUCGAUUCAACUAUUUCCGCCUACGAUUAUGUCUUCGUCGACUUCUACGCCCCUUGGUGCGGCCACUGCAAGCGUCUCGCUCCCGAGUUAGAUGUGGCUGCUCCCAUUCUUGCCGAAUUGAAGAAACCUAUAGUCAUAGCCAAAGUGAAUGCUGAUAAGUAUACCCGGCUUGCUAGGAAACAUGAAGUCGAUGGGUUUCCGACCCUCAAGAUUUAUAUGCAUGGCGUUCCAACAGAUUAUUAUGGACCAAGGAAAGCAGAGUUACUUGUUUGUUUUCUGAGGAAAUUUGUUGCUCCUGAUGUUACUAUCCUUAAUUCAGACUCUGCUAUAAGGGAGUUUGUUGAAGAAGCCGGGACGCAUUUUCCUAUAUUUAUAGGUUUUGGUUUAAAUGAGACUGUGAUGUCGAAUCUAGCCAUAAAGUAUAAGAAGAAGGCUUGGUUUUCUGUAGCAAGUGAUUUCUCAGAUGAUGUCAUGGUACAAUAUGAUUUUGACAAGAUUCCAGCUUUGGUAUCUAUUCAUCCAAGUUACAAUGAUCAUACCGUCUUUUAUGGGCCUUUUGAAGAGGAAUUUAUGGAGGAAUUCAUAACACAAAAUUCUCUUCCUUUGGCUGUGCCCAUAAACUCCGAAACAUUGAAGGUACUGAAAGAUGAUCAGAGGAAAAUUGUCCUGACCAUCUUGGAGGAUGAUUCUGAAGAGAAAUCACAAAACUUGAUCAAAAUAUUGAAGGCUGCUGCAUCAGCAAAUCGUGAUCUGGUUUUUGGUUUUGUUGGGGUUAAACAAUGGGAAGAAUUUACUGAGACAUUUGGUGCCAAUAAGGAGACAAAACUACCAAAAAUGAUUGUUUGGGAUGGAGAUGAGGAGUAUCUUUCAGUUAUUGGUUCAGAAAGCAUUGAAGAGGAGGACCAGGGGUCUCAAAUCUCACAAUUCCUUGCAGGAUAUAGGGGAGGAAGAACGGAGCGGAAUAGAGUUAGUGGUCCAUCGCUGUUGGGCUAUAUUAGUUCGCUGAUUGGAAUUAGAACUGUGUACAUAAUUGUGUUUUUGGUGGCAAUGCUGAUGUUCAUCCAACAUAUUAGCAAAGAGGAACCUCUAAGGGUUGGUACUCGGGACCAAGCUGAACCUGCGACAAGCUCCAAAGCUGAAAGCUCAGAGUAUAGACCUGAAGAUAAGCAGGACUAGAUACGGUAAUGUACUCGGGGAUACCGUAUGAUGAAUCAAAAGACGGCGGUUAUACAGUAGGAAAGCAACCACAGACUUCUAAGUUAUUCUGAAUUUCCUAGCUUUGAUAGAGAAUGAGCUCUUCCAUGAAUUCUGAUGUGCUUAAAUAAGACCUAUUUUGAGUACUCAUGUUCAUCAGCUUUUGCGCACGUUUGCAAAUUCGAUGAUUAUGUUUUGGGUAUAAA